AUGCAAUACCUCCAUCGCAAAAGAGAACCGCCAAUGUCUUUCAUAUCCGCAGCAAUUGUCCUCCUGGUUCAAACCUCGACCGUUUUGAAUUUUGUCGCCGCUCCCACUCCAUCGACCAGCGUCGAGGUAAAACUUAGUAAAACGGGACCCAGCUACAGGUCGAGGACGCUCUGGACCCAAGGUACGUCAUAUUUUCUUAACUACUAAGCGCCGUGCUUGACUAUUCUCUUCUUAUGUCCGUCGAAUUUCAACGUUACGGUCAUCCCUAUGUCAUGUCAAUAUAUUUCAGCCACUAUAGGCAAAAAGGCGAUCAAACAUUAGGAAGACAUUCUAGUGAGUAAGACGUUCAUCCGGCUGCUUUCUAUAUUGUGCGAGUAGUAAGUACAUACAUGCACUAUAAGUGCACGUGGGUUUGUGCUUCCGUGAAUGCUUUUAGGCCCUGUCUACUCUCCGCUGGUCCGAUACAUAAAUCGGCAUUUUCCGAGUUAUUAUUUGUUAUUCCAGCGGCGAAUUCCCUAAGGGAGCCGCUAGCCAUCGCGAACACUAACUGUAAACAAGCUAUGUCCGGUCGUGCAGUUAUUUCUUCAACUAGCAAACGUUUCUAUACGUAACUUUCACAACAAGUACCGGAAGAGAUACGUCGGGUCCUUAGUAGGACAUCAAACGUAGGCCUUGUGCCUGUCUUUUGGAGAAUUUACCUCCGUCAGUGUGGCAUGACGAGACGCAAGCACGCUCCGGCUCCGAGUUAAUCAGGCUCUCGAUAUCGGACGUUUACAUGAUUGAUGCUUAAAGCUAUCUCAAAUAAUGAAAACUUUUGUUGUCUUGUGUCCCAGUCUUUGUCUUCAAAGGGUGUUUUAUGAAAGUGGGAUGCAUCAAUGAGGUAAAAUGAUGAAACAAACUACAGACAUGGAUUUUUUUAAUUUCGUCUUAUUUUCAGUAGACUAAUAUCCUCACCCCUAAGUGCGACAUAUUUACAAAUUGUUUUUGUCCACUCCGACCUGCGUCAUAAAGGGCCAAAACAGUUAAUAAUGUGAGUAUAAUUUUGAUAACCUUGUCUGAUUCUUGUAAGCUCCUUCUUGAAUAAGAAUGAAUAUAAAAAAUAAAGGAAAUCUUUGCAUGUAGCCGGCCUCAAGCGUUUUUGAUUUAUAUCAAGCUUAAAGUUAUUGCAAACAUCUAAGCAGUUUGCAUCGGCUCUUCGAAGCCCACUUUAAGCAAUAUAAUCGGCGCACUCAGAAAAUGCAUGCAGUGCGACAUUAUGAUCCAAAAAUGACCUUUUAUUAUUUUUCUCCUCUACCCAACUAUCGUAAAUGGCGACCUCGGUGGAACUUGAACCAACGACAGCAUGGGGUUGGCUAGAGCACAGGUAAUUCUAGCCACCUGGGCUAGGGAGCUGAUUUGACAGAUGCCGUUUUUGCCGGAUACCCUGCUGAGCAUAUUUACGUUUAGUGUCUGUUCACCAUGAGGUAUUGAGAGGUGCAGCAAAAUCGAUUGGCAGGAAAAUAGGUCGUGCCAAUCUAUGAUUCGAUUGAAUGACUGAGGAUUCUCCGGAAGUAGAAAACGAAUUCGAAGAAACAUCCAGUCCAGAAUAUGUUUGGGUGGCCUGCAUAUGCAGUCCAAGUAGAGCAAUCUUUAUGCCGAAUUCGCUUGUCCGAAUUUCCCAGAUUAUAAAAGGGUCUGUCGAAAUAGAGUUGCGGAAAGACUCCAUUAGUUUGCAGAGGACUUUGAUCGGUUAUUUUUUUGCACAACGUGCUCACGCUUUUAGUGUGCCUAAUUUGCUUCUAUUAAGUGUCUCUAACCAAAUAAUCGCCGUAUCACUUGGACAUACUCGUGGAUUUUGUUUCCUACUGUAUUACAAGGAGUUAAUUUUCCCGUUUUUCUUCCAAUCAACUAUACUUUAUUCCCCACGCAUUCUUAUUCGGCCCGUUUUUUUACAGAUAGACUGUGGGGAUCCAGUUUUAUGAAUCUACAAAUGAGAUUAGAUUGAAUGGUUUUAAUCGCUUAGCGUAUUUUCUCUAUUCUUGCGGUGUACGACCCCGCUGCCUUGAAGUCCACUCUAAAUCAAGCGGAUUGAUGGCAUUAAGUGCUCAGGCUCUUCGUCUUAUGCCGAAUAACAGUGGGCCGUUGUUUACUUGUUGCUCAUACUAGAUACAUUUUACUCUGUAUAGACUAAAUUAAUGCCGCCAACUCCCAAUGACUUAUAGCUUGCAAACGAAGUAGAACAUUUUGUUGGUUCCGGUAAUACUUCUCGUGUUUCUGAUUCCAUGUAUGAACGUUUGCAAAAGGAGUAUUCAAAAAACGAUUGUUCUUUCAUAUUCCCUUUCAUCUGCCAUAAUUUCUCCAGAAAUGUCAUAUGCAACUUUACUGUCUGCCAUUUUUUUUUAUUUUGAGCCUCCCUUAUAUAACUUUUAUGGCUGUUACAUUUCUAACUUAGGUGAACCGGCCUCUGAGUGGGCACGUACCCGCAAGGGCCUCCAGCGCUUUCCAAGAUCUCCGCUACGAUCGGCAAAGACACGGUUGGGGUCCGCACCUCACCCCACGAGCCACACAGGCAGUACAGUUCAGAUGCACAGACAUCUCAGAGUGGAGGACACCGCUUCGCCGUCUAGUUCACCCGAUGACGCCAACUACGGCUGGACGGAACGGAUUAACCAGCAGGAGGCUGUACCUGCAGUGAGCUUUCACAGUGUGGAAGAAAACAUAAUUGAACUCUUAGUGGUAGUCACGCCACGCAUGAGCAGAGUUCUUGGAAAAAGACUGACAGAGUAUAUCAUUGCUACAAUGGGGGCGGUAAGUGUUUAAAUACUUUGACAGGUACCUUACAUUAACGCUCAUAUCGCAUUCAGGAAAUAGUUUUUUAAGCAUUUCCAUCACUUGUCAUAUGUAGCCCGUACACUUUCCCCUACAAUAGCGCACUGUACCGUGGACAGGAUAUUGAUUAGGGACGUUUGCACUUCAUCCUAAUUUUAUCAUAUUCCGUCUGCGCUUCUAUAAAAGGUACCUUGUUGAGGCCUCUGUUCGCAUCCAAUCAUCACUUCUUGACAACCUAUUACUGAAAUUUCUGUGCUAGUUAUUUUUGCGUUUCGUUAGGCAAAAUAACAUCUUAAAAAUUUUGGUUAAGUACAAGCGUGCCCAUCAAAGUUUGGCAUAUCGAUGUCAAUGAAAAUGGCUCAUUCAAACUGUUCAUUCGUUUUUCAACAAUGGUCUUGCAUGUAUUAUUAAGAUGUUCUCAUGAGUAGUUUAAACGGUGGUAUAAAUAUUCGUGCAACGUGGAGUAGAGGUCAGUGUUCACGUAGCUCAUUUCAGAAUCUCCUUACGUCAAAGCCCUCUUCAAAUGUGACGAGCGAAGUAGGCAGUUAAGGGAGACACAUGGAUCAUAAAUUCUCAGCUAUUAUUGUCGACAAGAAUAAAAAAGAUUUCAGUUCAAUUUAGCAAAUGUAAGAAAUCCGGGUCAAUAGUUUGAGCCCUUCGUAUUUCGCAGAUUAAAGAUUAGAGUGCUUACUUCUGACUUGGUUUCCGCUAUCACUGGGCCAUGGUGAGCCACAGACCAGAAAGAGUAGAAAUUUAAACCUACAUGGUUACACCGUCUCAUAUGUUGUCAGGGGUAUUGACAGCAAUUUUCACUUUUCCACUGCGACCAUUGGAUAGAAGCCGGAGCCUUUUGUUCGCCUUGGACCUUCAGGGCUUUUGGUUGCGGUUCACGCAGCUGACAAUGGCAGCUGAACCCAGACUUUCUAUUUCUGUUGGUUAUGCUAAUUGAACAUCAACUGUUCAUCGACGUGCGAGUACCUAUAAAUAUUUUAGAUUGCUUUUCCACAACCAACUCGAAGGUCCAUAAUUGCUCUGCAUUGGUUUUUUAUGUCCUCUCAACUUUCAGCAGCAAAAAAGUCUUCUGUAGCUGCGAGAAUUCAACCUUGAACCUUAUACUGCUUAGAAGCAUUAAGUCUUUACCAAGACGCUUGUUGGUGCCUUCCUUUGAUGUUAUGCCCAGUUUACCGUCACCAUCGCCAGUUGCUUUCUCAGCCAGUUUUUCCAGUGUGUUCGCUACUUCCUCAUUGUCCUUGCAGGCCUUGCCUUUUUUUCUUCACUUGACAGCCGUUUGCCUCAAGGUACUGAUUUCACUGGUACCUUUUGGUCGAAGCAUUCUCUAACGGCUAUGGAGUGCUUUUUCGACAUUUUAGCUGAAUGUGUGAUAAGCCAAACAGCUGUGUCCCGGACUUCGGCUUACCAAUUCAUGCCCGGUUUUGAACAAAAGACUUCAAUUUAAUUUUAAUUUAUCUCGGCCGGUUAGCCUUAGUCAAACCGGUUACACUAUUUGUCAUUUUCUAGUAUGUGUUCAAAAACCAGAUGCGUAAGUGCACCUGCUCUUCUAAUUUAGAUUCUCCAGGAGAUCUGCUUAAGGUGUUUGACCGCGCAAAUCGACCGCCGACCCCAUACAUGCCCACAGCCCUGCUCGUCUUCAAGACUUAAAAUAUCCUUUAUCCAGGCUCCACAACGCAGUACUACGUGUUGACUUGGGGUCACCCAACCUACAUUUUUAACUCAUGUUCGGCCGUGUUCAGAAAGCGCUGUCUUAACCGACGUAGUUAAUUAGUCUGGUCACACCUUAAAUGUUAUAUUUAAAUACAAGUUCUUAAAUAGGGAAAAAGGAAGCAGAUUGUGAAAAAAUACUAUAGACGUCUACGUGCUACUGAUGUUGUGAGCCAUCCCCUUUAAUCGAAAUAUUUUAUGAGAGUCCGAUGAUAUUUCGCAGGUUAUUUACACCGUGGACAGGUCAUCAAGAAAACGGGAAAGGUAAAAAAGUCCGAAUAACCAUGAUUGAAACAGAUUUAACGUUAAUCUAGCUGUGUAUGAAAGAUAUAAAUAGGCAUAUGCGCGCGCGUGCCAACUAGGAUUUUAUUUUAUGUGGGGUCAUUAAUGCACCGACACUUACCGAAAACUUAUAAAUUUAUCCGUCAGAUGAGACUUUAAGCCGUUCCAUCAGCAUCACAAGAUAUUUGCAUCGUUGACAUAGCGGCAAAUUUCUUUGUGUGUAGUUUAUUUUCAAGCCGCAAGAGUCUACACUAAGGAUACAUUUGUUUAACAUAAAAUGAAAAUGUGUUUUGCCAUCUAAAAAUUUUGCUGCUACUGGUGGCGACGACCGUAAGUGCAACCGUUUCAGUUUUGAUAAAAAAUGUUCGUUUCAAUACUAUUUCAAAUGGGACCGCCGCUUCCUGUCUAGUUCUGCAUAGUGAGGCUUUCGUCCGCCACUCCCCUCAAGACUUUCGGUACUUCGACCAAGCGUUUCCGGAACUUGACGUUCGUUUUAUAAUAUUCCAAUUUUUAUAAGACAACGCAAUUCAAAUUGUUUGAACAGGCAAGGCUAAUGAGUAAAAUCGGUAAAGGUCGACAUUUCCGAAAAGUGAGUCCUUCGCCAAGUUUUAAAUUAUCCCCAUUGUCUCUGUAAAUAUGGGAACCUCCUGAGGUUUUUACAGUCAUUCCUUAGAUUCGAUUUGAUUAUCCUUGCAGUUUACUGUCGCAUAGCAGGUAAAAUUGCAUUUGUUAAACUUUCCGAAACACUCUUCGGCCUAUGCAUCAGAUGACUGACGCUCAGCUUAACUACAUAAUUCUGAAGAGUUUGGCCUUACACCCCAAGCAAACUGAAAACCUGUCCUCCUCUUCUGAUUCUUCUCAGUUGGCUCAUUGAAAUCCUGAUUACUGAUUCUACUUUUUCACGCACUUUGAAAAAGUUAUGUUUCAACAUAUUUUUCUAAGAAAUCACUGCGACUGUCGCAUCCGCAGCAGAAGCUUCGUAAUAUGUGGUCCUAGAAUCUAAGCUAAGGAAAACGCAGGGAGGUAAUGUGCCUAUGUCAUCCCUAAGGGCUGUUUAUGGGCAUAAAUUGAAUUUUAAAAAAAUAACUAUUCGCGACUGUCGUCAGAAGCUGGUUUUUUAGCGUUUAAAACUCCGUUAAUGGAUACUGACAGGCGUCAUGCAGGGUCACAUUUCUGAAAAAAGACACUGCUCGGUUGCUGUGAUAUAGACAUAUGAACCUGCGACAUCUUUUCCAUGUCUGUUUGUAACUGACGAGGACAGCGUCUAUUGAAGCAUGACAAAUGUUGCUAAGCUUCAGCUUGAUAGCAGGUACGCAUUUUAUUACAAUGAGAUUUUCAAAGACACUUUAGUCAGUUGGCAAAAUGCUCGAGAUUUUAGUUACCUAAGUAAAACCAUGAAGGCUGACUUCGUUAACAGCUAUCAGACGGUUUCAUUAAGAGUGUGGUCCAUUCCUAAUCAUAAUCAGAAAUGAAGCUCUGAAAACCAGGCUGAAUUGGUCGUAUAGCGUUAAUCUGAUCAUUAUAUAAUAAUUGAGACCAGCACGAUCCGCAGCCAUGCAUAUUUAGCAGAUAUUUGGCUUAUAACAUCAUGAGUAGUCUGACUUUUGUAGACCGUUAGAACUGCAGAACCGGUUCGUAAACCCGUCACUUAGGAAGGCGGGUGCAAUUUCGACUUUUCAUCUCUUGUCUCAAAAGUUCGUUGGUAGGAAUGAGAGUCAUACAGCUUUCACUUCACCACACGGCUUUGUCUCCUAGUGAAAUUUCUUAAAUUACGCUAACGAAUAAAGAUAGCAGUGCAAGUUAUAUUUUUAGACACUGCAGGGGUAGAUCCGUGGUCUAGAAGGCGCUGUCUGCCCACAUAAGUAUUUGUAGGCAGCGCUUUACGUUCUAAAUGGUUAUUGUUGGGGUGUCAUAAUUACCAUGGCGCCCAUGCUGCACAUAUAUAUAUAUCAAAGCCAACGAUCAAUUACUUAUUCUCUAUUUAAAGGUCAUAUAUCAAGGUGAAAGUUAUAGCGAAGACCUAAUUUUGCCUAGUCUUGGCCUCAAAAUCUUGGAUUAUCCUCUAUCUAACACAUCCAAAGAUUAUAUAGACGGUCUGCUAUUCAACACCACAAAGAGGGCAAAGGGGUCUGAACCAAGUCUUGUGAACAAAGUCUAAUAUGCAAAGGAAUAUUUACCUUAAUAUAGUCAGUCGACUCCAAAUACUUCUUCGGCUAGUGAGUAGACUCAGUGGCCGAACAUAUUGCAUGUUAACUCUUUGUCGUGGUGCAGCCGCUUUAAGUGUCAAAAUUCGGAAAUCAAAUAAUCAAACGAAUUAUAAUAUAUGUAUAUUUGUGCAUUUAUUUUUACAGGUAGGGCACAACUUCAAGCAUCCCAGUCUGCAAGUGUCAUUGAAGAUAAGUAUCGUUGAUAUUCUCCUUUUGGACUCCAAUUUUGCCGUAAGCACUUUGAGACUUCCUAUGCCGCUAAUUUACUCACUGAAUAAACUAACCAACCAUAUAGUUAAUCUUUAAAAAGACCCUUAUAUGUUUUAAUUUGUAUUAGCCCUCCCAUGAAACAUUAUUAAUGAUCUAAUUGCCCCCAUUUCUCUGAAUGCUGUUUCUCAAACAAAGAGCAUCUGCAUAUUUUGCUAGUUGUUGAAAGUGGGCAUAAGCUUAAUGUAAUAAAAGAUUUUGUGAGAAAUGGACACAUACUCAUUUUCGGUAUUUUGUAAAAAGGACUGCUUCAGCAGCCAAAGCUGUUUUUUUUUGCAGAAGAGACAACGUCUUGAAGACUGGUCAAAUAGGAAUCAUGAAGAAGUAAUGGGAAAAUUUUGCAAGUGGGCCAACACCCUAAGACAACACAGGAAUUGGGACUCCGCUAUUCUGCUGAACGUUGGGUAACUUCUUAAAAUUAAAUAUUUUCGCAUAAUAUUAAAGGGUCAUAAACACCUUCUUGAGAAAAAGCCUUUCGAAAAGUUCACUAUAUUAGAUGCACACACUUUAUUAGAGGUUUCCACUUUGAAAUUACCAGUAGUUUAUAAAAUCACUGAUGCAAAUUUCCCCAGCUCAUGCACAUGUCUAGGACAGACAUUAAACACACUGGGCAACAGUUUAUGGCUGUAACAAGUAUGUAAUAAACAUCGUAAGCAAAUAUAUAGGUGAAGCUUACAUAAAAUGCAACCUCUGACGAGGUCCAUAAUUGCUAAGAAGAAGCGAUCGCUGGAACAAAGGCUUUAUUCGUCUGUAGUUUCGGAUUCUCACUUGAACCCACCACCAAAUAAGAAUCCGAAACUACAGGCGAAUAAAAUCCUUGUUCACACGACCGUUUCUUCUUUAUCUUGCCAAUUAGUUCCUGGAACCCGCAUCAUUGCUUGCAUCAGGUCCAUGCUUAUCAAAUAUCGGUACGGAUAUCAGUUUUUGUAAAUACGGAUGGUCACAGGUGCAUAGCAGUUAAGGGGAUUAUAUGAAAAAUGUCAAAUUGCCAGUAAAAAAUUUGGGGUAUGAUAAUGACAUCUUCAGAAGACGAAGAUGCGAUCACUGGAACAAGAAAUUUAUUGGUCUGACGUUUCGGAUUCUCGUUCGAAUCCAUUAUCAGAGACAGUCGCAGAUAAAAGUGAUGGUGGCACAAGAGGUGCAGUAUUUACAGCACUCGGCUGCCGUGGGGCCACAGGCGCACUGUAACUAACAGCUCUCGCAAUCACCGCUGGGGUUGUAAUUGAUGCGGCGGUGGCUUCGCAGUCCCAGUCCGAGUCGUUAAUCCCCGUGAUUUUGUCAUCCGUGCUGAAUGCUGGUGUGACAAUUGCUCGGCAAAUUGGCUCACUGUCAAUAGGAUAAUUGCCCGCCCCCCCCCCUUCCCACGUGACUGAUCCCUCUUCGUAGGGAAAAUCUCAGCACGGAAUAUGGUACCGGGAGGUCAUUGCGCUUGUUGAUGGAUUGCGGGCUUGAGAACCUUGACUCGAACAGCUCGCGGCUUACGCGGUUGUCACCCCUUACGAGGAUUUCGCCAUCUUAAAAUUUGAAAAUAUGGCCGGAUCCCAUCGAAUGUGCCGCCACCUGAGAGCUAGUGUCUCACCCCCUCACUGCUGCUGCGUGCUCGGCAAUUCGCAUACGGAGUAAUCUCCCAGUUUCACCGACGUAGCUGCUUUGUCCGCAACUGCAUCAGAUCCAGUAAACGACUUCAGACUUCUGCCGUGGCAGUGGGUCUUUCGGCCUCAUGACUUUGUGCAUAAUGGUUGCUUCCGGCCCGUGUGCAACCCCAAUUCCAAGUGGAGUGAACAAACGACUGACGGCUUCCGAGACGUUCUUCACAUACGGAAGAGCCCGCCAAAAUUUGGGACCGGUUGGAUUUGGUCUCUGGUGUCAUUUUCGUAUGCACUGACUGACAAAGUUGCGCGGGUAGCCAUUGUCAGUCAGUGCAUACGAAAACGACGAAGAAACUGGGAGAUUACUCCGUACGCGAAUUGCCGAGCACGCAGCAGCAGUGAGGGGGUGAGACACUAGCUCUCAGGUGGCGGCACAUUCGAUGGGAUCCGGCCAUAUUUUCAAAUUUCAAGAUGGCGAAAUCCUCGUAAGGGGUGACAACCGCGUAAGCCGCGAGCUGCUCGAGUCAAGGUUCUCAAGCCCGCAAUCCAUCAACAAGCGCAAUGACCUCCCGGUACCAUAUUCCGUGCUGAGAUUUUCCCUACGAAGAGGGAUCAAUCACGUGGGGAGGGGGGGCGAGCAAUUAUCCCAUUGACAGUGUUCUGAACUGCUGCCUGGAACUCGCCUGCUCGCUUCUUUUGGCAAUGAAAUCUUCUUUUGGCAUACCUUCUCCCUCGUACCAAAUAUAUUUUUAGACUUUACCCUUUACAAUAAACGCAUAUCAGGCAAAAAUUCAUCACUACUUUUCAAACUGUCCGAUUAACUGGGAGCUUAUAUUCAAUAAUGGGUGACGAAAAUCUUAUUAACUACUUCGAAAAUUUGAUGCGCGUGUCUACUUUUAUUUCCUAUUUAGCGGAAGUUUACCAGCAAGACGAAUACUCGUGCGGUCAGAAAUCGCCAUUUGGGUGCGACUUAAAACAAAACGUAAAACUGCUGCUAUCAAUACGUAUAGACCAUAGUCAGUUUCAUGAAGUAACCUUUACUAUGCCGUCAGCAGUGCCGCUCUUUCAAAUAAAUGUGGGAAGAUAUUCUCAAACAAUUUUCGAGGAUCAAAAUAUGCAUAGCAAAAAAAAUAAAGCGGUGAAUCUGGAAAAGACGGAGAGUAACGAAGAAGCUAGCGGUAACAGUAAUAAAUAACUCAUCAAAAUAGAUGAGGACUACCGCUUCUCUAGGAUUGCGAGGCGGAAUCGAGCGUACGAAAUCCUCUGCAGAAAUGAAGAUGUGAUUUCCAGGCUGAAUUUCAAAAGGAGAAGAUGCGUUUGAGGAGAGAGAUUUACAUAAAGACUGGGGUUUUGCGUAGUGGCUUCGUCCACCCAUCUUCAGAGACUCUUCCCUCUCGAAACAGCAGGCCUUAGAUAAACCCCUCUCCGCAAAAACAUCUUCUCCCUGUGAAUUCCUUUGCACUGAAACAAGUGGACCCGGCAUCUAUCUUAGUCUUUUUCUCAAACGCACACCGUGCUCUAAUGGCAAGAAAAUAUUAAAGCCACUGGAGAUAGGCAUGAGCGCAGUGACUUACAAAAUAAAAUAGCCUACCUAUACAGGUAGCACAGUAAUAACACAUCAGCUAAGGACUCGGGAGACUCAGCGCAUUCUGGCUAACAUGUAUCAGCAGAUAAUAUGGUCCCAGAGCUUCGGUUUAGUAUAAGAGCGGGGAAGACCUUUUUGGGGCCUCGAGGAAUAUCAGUAGGAAAAUAUGGAUAACAUUUCGUUAAUAGUGCAUCUUUAGUUAUAAUUCGCCGGCUUACACGUUAACAAAGUCUCAUUUCUUUUUUAGAAACUUCAAAUCUACAGCACUGGGUAAGUACUUCUUUCGUCCUCCUGGCAAUUACUCUAGCUAAUGAGAAGAGAAAAUACAUAAAGUCGCAACUACUUGGGGUGAUUUUGACAUAUUCCGAAUGCCUACUGAUCUCUGCGGCUGAAACUUAGUCAAUCGCAUUACAUCCCUAAAGUAUUUUGUACGAACAAAUAUACUGCAUAUCUAGUUAGUUAAAAGACGGAUUGUCAAUAACUAAACGCCUUGAUUCAUGAAGGCUACUUUGUAUUUUCGCUAAUCAAAUUCAUUGUAUUUUUCGCCUUUUGCUGACUGAAAAUAGCAUGGCCGAAUAGAGACAGCUGAAAAAAAUACCGUCAAAAGAGGGCUCAUGGAGAAAAUGAAGGUUUUCCUGAUGGUUGUAGCAAAAGAAAUGUGAAUAAUUAUUUUUAGUAACGAACUAAUGACAACGAUGAAGAAUAUGACGUCCAAUCACUGAGAGUAGGAAAUAUGUAAACUAUGCAUUUGAAUUUCUUUUUGUUUAUAAGCAUACUAACUUACUUUCGGAUUUUUCGAAGUACAAGGAAAUACGAGGAUUUUUAGACCUUUGUGAUGAAGUCGCAAGUUAAUAAUCUACCGUGGUCUGUAACUAUUUGACCACUGAUUCCCGUUUGUGGCCCCCGAAAUGCCGAAAUCUUCAGUUUAUAGAGCUACAAGGCCUCAAAGUCCACGUCUCUGAAACAUUUGUGAUAUUGAUAUUGUCUUCGAAAAAAGCAAAUACAAUGACAUUUAAUGCAUGCUAUCUCAUGCCCGUGAAAGGGCUUUUCCGGUGCCGCAAUACAUAAACUAACAAAUUGUCUUUUUGCUACACCUAACAGGAGUUGCGCACUACCAGGCCAUGUGCAGUCAUGAUAGUGGUUGUCUUGUUGUAGUCGACCGCGGAUUCGGCACUGCUGAUAUAAUUGCCCACGAACUGGGCCAUCAGUAAGUUGUUCCUGUAUAAAUCACAGUAAUGCUACUACUGAAUGUUCGUUAGCGAGUGUGCAACAGUUGGUAUCUGUUAGUUUCACUUGUUGUAUGGCGGGCAUUGCGCGUGCCAAGACUUCACGUAAGCUAACUGUCGGUUGAGGAAAAACGCUGAGGCGGGAAUUGUGCAUUUUGCUACCUUUUCCCAAAAAGAUAGCAAAAUUGCCUCUUACAGAGAAACUUCGUCUCAAAGGAGAUAAAUAAAUAGGAGUUUAAUAAUGAUAUUCGAUAGAAAUGUCUCAAAACUUGAGAAAGUAUGCCUUUGAAAGGCUGCUGUCCUUUUUCUUAAUUUCACAAAUAAUCGCACUCAUUGAAUAACCAGUUUAACAUACGUGACAGCGACAACACAGAGUCAGGAGAAGCUGAACCACGGUAGUCAUGAAUGUGUAAUUUUUUAUCUUGUGGGUAUCCAUGAAGGACGACGAAGUAUGCGGUGACGUGAACCGGCUCAUAGAUAGCCCAUACAACCAGCGGGCUACGGGGCACAGACCAACCAUCCUGCUUGUACGAAGCGAUCAGCUUAUUUUCCUUUUUCGCAUUAGAAAGUAGUUUAUAAAUGAAGGAGAGGACAACGAACUGCAUAGCACUUACUCUUAUUUUAAGAUACAACGACCGAUAAAAUCUUUUUAAGAUCAUCGGAAUCGACCAAAUUUGAGCUUACUGUAAUGUCCGUUAUGAUCCUCAAUGGGAUGCGUCAUUAACUUCUGUGGAGAACAGCGUCUAGUAUUCGCCUUAAAGGGAGUCUCACCAAACGUAUCUCAGGAUGCGUUUCCUCCACUUCACAUAUAACCAAGGUCAGGAACGGGUAUUCCCUUUUUCAGUCAGAGCAUCAUCGGCAGUUGUAAAAUUUGGGCAUAACAAACCAAGCCCCUGACCCUAAGCCCGCACAUUUCUAAUUUCAUUCGAAUAAUAACUAAAUGGACGCCGAAAAAUAGAUUUAUAGAUGGCAAAUUUGAAGUAAACUGUUCAUUUAUGCUAUAGUGUUCUAUUUUUCCAGUAAAAGUUGUAAUAAAAAGUGUCAUCAAGUACUUACGUGAGUUCUGUUAACAUAAAAGAACCGCUCUCACGAGUGCCCUCUCUGUGAACUUGAGCGUAUUUUUGGCAAACUCUCCCCUACUACGGUCGGGGGACAAAUACUGACCACCGUUACAGGCUACAUCCAUUCAUUCACCUGCUCCUGUGGAACGGGAUGUAUUGGCCGUACAACAAGGCGUCUGGAAAAAAGAGGGUACGCGGGCAAAUGCCUGCCUGGCUAGGCAGAGGGGAAAAUCGAUCGAUUUCAAGUCCAAUUCUCGCACAUCUAAUUGAUACGAGCCACCAAGCCGACGCUAAAGAAGCUUUUAAAGCUAUCUACCGGGCGUCGGCACGCCACUCUAAAGGCCUACACAAAACGGGCGCUAAUCACAGCCGAAGCAGUGGCCAUUCGAUUAGCGAACCCAGUGUUCUGCUGUCAGAAGGCGUUGACACAGUCUGUCUUCCCUGGCCGACUUCAGGUCGUGAUCGCACGCCGUCCCGACGCCCUGAGAACAGUCAGGCGCACUCCGCGUGUUUAACAUACUGACAACGCUUACAACCUAACUGAAACCCCUCUCCCUCCCCCCUCCCACCCCGACUCCACCGUCCUCAACACGCUGACCCAGCCAUGAGGGCAGCGUGGGAACACGGAGUCUGCCCAACCCUGCCCCCUGAGACACAUUUAUAUCUUGUCCACAACUAAAAAGAUCAUUACCCAUGUAAAUGUACUGGCCUAAUGACGAGUUACUGAAGACAUAGGUUUGCCAACUGACUUUUCAAUUCUAAUAUGGGAAUUUUCGCAGAACACGUCCAAUUUGUACUUUUUUCCCAUAUAAAUAUAUAGGCCAGAUGAGAAUUUAUCAAAAGCAAGCGCAAGCUCGCAAAAUGUUCUUCAAAAUAUUAAAGAAUCUAUAAGUCAUCUGAUGGUAAGUCAUGCACUGGUUUGGUGUCCACUGGUUCUUCGAUAAAUCUAGCUACUAACUUACACCUAGUUACUUCGCUGAAUGUGCACUGUGUGAUUCCAUCGAAAUGCAUAAUUUCGUCGACUGCUGCUUUAAAUAGGCAUUGAAUUCUAUGUCUGUCCUCGUAGGUUAGUUAUCACAGAUACAGUAACUAAUGUCAUAGGAUGGAAACUUCAGCAUGAAGUUGCCUUUGGACCAAAGCGCGGGGCAACAUCUUGAUCGGCAUAUUUUCUUAGCGAAUUUAGAUGGGACAGACUUGAGUGGAUGUUUCUAACUCCAGCUUUGUCAACAAAUCUCUCAAAAUGGCUUCAGUAAAAUGUCGACCGCAUCCUUCUAUCUAGACUUGGUGCAAAACAUGACUUCGAGAUUGGUUCCGAGUGUGGUAUCUCUGAAGGCUCCCAGAGCUCCGACGUUACUCAGCCACUCGGUAACAGGCUUCAUAGUUUGCACAUUGACGACUCUUCGGGGAAACCUUCUAGCCGGAACACGCUAAUGUCAGGAAUUCUCAACUUCGAACUCUAUCCAUUUCGCUGGUCUGCCUGCAGCCGUGCAAGCAUCAAAAACUUCCUCUCGUGAGUUCUGUGCUUCGGUUUUCUUCGUUCAUAUUUUUCUAGUUUCUUCCAUAUAAAAUAACGCGUGAAGCCUCCUGCAACGCAUAUCAUUUCAUGUGUAGUUUUUGGGAGCAUACUGUGAGUGACCGAUCUCUUUAAAUGCUACUUGAAAUUCUAAAAGCCAUUUUUGAUUAGGAAGUGGCGUUGUCAUAUUGAUUAAUUUGUAGGAUAAUAUCGUUUUAUUUCAGGCAAUUUGGGACGUUGACUUUUAAGUACACUUUUUUAAGGUCAUUUGCAAAAGCCGCAUCCGAUAAAAAAGGAUUAAAGUGAUAUUCAUCUUAUAUAUGAAUUUCAGCUGGCCUUAUAAAUUCAAUGAUAUUGUCCAUAAAACAUGCAGAAAAAUACUCUAUCUUGUAUUUGUUUGGUAGCAUAUCAUAUCUUCUUCACAUUUUACACUCGAAAAUAGAGUACUGUUCGGUUUCAAAAAAACUUCCAAUUAUGAGAUUGUUAAAGACAAUGCAAGUUCCAUUCAAAUAGCAUCGUGUAUGAGUCGUUAAUAAUACCCCUCAUUAACUAAAAAACAUAAUCCAUAUUCUUUGAAAAACUUGCAUUUUCUUAAUGGCAUAAAGGACUGCAUGUUGUUCCAAACACAGAAAGUGUACAGCUUGAAGACUAAAACCCUAAACGAAAAUGCAACAGCAGAUAAAGUUCAAAAUUAUUCGAAAAUUAAAAAACUUUAAAUCUAAAAGUUACUUUUUUGUCGAACAUAGAAAUUAAAUAAGAUAUGGUUUUCUAUCAGAUGAGUAGAAGAAACAACAUUUUUGUGGGUUUUCUGCGAAAUAUAUCUGAGUUUAUUGGGGCAGUGAACUUUGGAAGAAAGUGCACUGCUGAAGUAGGCGGCCUCAAAGAAGUGCAUUUGGAAGCCAACGCCUCGAAAUGUCUGCAGUAUUACGGGAUUACUCGCGAGAUAAUUACUCUUCUAGCCCCACUAAGGUAAUCCUUCCUAACCGAAAAGGCGUUUCUGAAUUACGGUUAACAUCUAUGAGACCAGUCAAUGACUGGUGUAACACACUGAUCUCCUUUUCCUGCUUGGCUAAGCCAAACUUUUGCAUUGGUAACUUUUAUUAGAUGAAUCCCGCGAUUAAAUGCUUCUUAGGUCAGUCACAGGUUCUGCAUGCAAUUGUUUUUUUACAAAUAAUGCACUUGGCUCUGGCUACCACUUUGUUUCACCGAGCAUCCUGGUCCUAUGCUAUGCCGAAAGUUAUAAACUUCUGUUAGUUUUUUGCCGUUCACGGAUAUAACAGAAGAGUAGAAUACACGUGAUCAUAUGUGAUCAUGUGUGUAAUGCGGGAACGCUCUCUUUCAAUAUGUGUUAGUUAUCGCACCUCUGACUGAGUUCGAGCAUCGCGUGGAUCCCAAAGAAGCCUUCUGAGCGAUUUACGAAGUUACGUUAUCCCAUGCCAAAAUAGUAGCGCAGUCUACAGGCAACAACAAUAACCGCCACAAUCGGUCCUUUUUGCAUUAAAAGAUUUUUUGCAGACCCUGUAGACGCCAUAAAAGGAAACCGAUUGCACUUCUAAUCACACGCAAUUCUCCACGCCCCGAACCCAGUCUGUUCACGUCUACCCCGACCAAGUUAUGCUGAUCGUCUUAACCGUUGCUUCCUACCUGCCACCCGAAUGAACCACAAACACAAUCUGAUUAGUUAAACAGCUCGUGUGUUCUGCUUAACCAAGUACGCACAUAAAUUCAUGGGCCUAACAAGAAUUCGCCUAAAGCAAACCUACAUUCGCCCCUCCGCAUUCGGAGUAACUUAUUGGAAAUGUGUAGUAUUUAUGGCGUGCUCAAAGGACCUCGUUUGAGCCUACCAUCCUCAAUUAGUUCUCAAAUAAACCUGAAGUGGCAUUUUUACUCUUUCUUAUCAGCCAAGUGGACUGCCGUACCACAAUGUCCUUGCAAAAUGAAAGUGUGUUACUGAUAAAACCAAUGAGCCUUCUUACAAGCUCACUUAGUUCUGUAAGGCUACAUACUCCAGAAAACUGGGCUUCCUUUUGGAACCAGAUCGCGUUGGACUAUUCAUCUUUCAGACCCAUUUAUUGAAGAGUCAUGUGUUCUGGAUCUUGCGAAAUGCCGCAAGUUAAAACUGCCUCCGGUGGUUGAAUCUUCAGGAAGGCGACUCUCACGGACCGCAACCUUUACUUUUAUGUUAGCAUAACUGGGAAUUUUCCAGACAUACUGCUUAUUGGAACUGAACUUGUCAUACGAGAGCAUAUCUAAAGCCCUUCUGCUAGGGUUGUUUCUGCACCUACCGGAGAUAUUGUUAAGAAAUGUUGGAUGGACGAUGUCAUAUGCCAUGCUCACUGCACAAGAAAAUAUUCACUCACACAUUACCCAUCCUUGGCAGUCUGUGCAUGAAGCAGGCAUCACUCUGUCAUGUACCUUGAAAUGCCCAAAUGGAGUGGAUAGUUGAUGCUGACUUUGAUGAUGCAAACCAUUUGCUUAUUAGCACUUGUAUUGCUAUUGCUACUGCAUUACUAUUAACACAAUUUUUUUCCAGUUUCUACUGCAAGAUCUUUUGAAUUGUCAUAGCCUGCUUUGUGUAUUUAUUUUAGCCAACCUCAUUCCUCAUGCCUACGUAUACAAAACUCUAAAAGAACGGCACUAACACCAGACUUACUAAGCAUACACGUCACUAGAAGUAAACCAGGACUCAACUUUACCCUGGAUGAGCAAUGUGAACUGGCAGUGAGACAACGAGGGUCAAAAUUCUGCGGCCAUUCUGUAAGUAUAGCACUUUACACAGGUUUGUUAGUGGUUAGUACUAUGCAGGUUUUGUGAAGGUAGACACGGUUUACUUCCCAAACCGUAUGCAGCCCUUAUCUCUUUUCUCCUCGCGAACCCUGCCUUCGAGAUUUAUUGCUCUUCGGAAGAAGGAAACUGUAUUUCAGAUGUCUCCUCAAUUAAUUACCAGUCGACGAAUGGUACUGUAAGAAUCUAGAUGAAUCAACUAACGUUAAAUAUGAAAACAGACCUGAUGUUGUGAUAUCGCAGUUGGUACACGCAUAUAUGUUGCCAGUCAGUUGACAACUUUGGAGACCACAACCAUCAACGCGUCAUGAUAGAUUCUAACCGGUCGAAUUUAUUAUGCUAAGGAAUGCGCUGAUAUGCUGCGAAGAUGCAUUCCGGAGUACCAGUCUUGCUUUCUCUUCCCGUUUUCAUUCACUGGACAAACGUCCGAAACUGUCCAUCGACGGAUAGUGGGACUGGAAGCAGGGGUCGGUAUGGCGCGUGGUGCGUGCCCACGCACGCAUGUAUGGCGAUAGAUAUGUAUCCCCGCUGACUCUACGCUGCCCGAAUAAUGUGCACCAUGCUAAAGUCUUUUCGAUCCGGAGCAUUUGCAGAGCAGUCCGUUGUGGAGGCCAAUAGAUUGCGGCGGCGCCGUGGGUGGCACGCGUAGACGGGCCCUUAACCCUGUCGGCAAUUACGCCCAUGCCCAUUCCCGGUCGUCUUGACUUUAUCUUGUAUGGGAACACAGUGGGCCUAAAAAGAGGAAGUACCAUAGAUGCAGCACAAAUUCGGCCCAAGUAAUCUUUGCAUCACCUUGGCAGGCAGAAGUGGACAUCGUCAUCGGCGACCGUCAAACUGCCCUGCCUCCUUGAAACGGAUGAUGGAUAUCGCAACAAACCUAGGUUAAGGUCGUUAGGAAGGUAGCAAACUUUAUUUCAUAACCACUCGACGAUAGUUUGUCAGACCGUAGUUAGACGUACAGAAAUUGUGCAUAACCUUUGGGAUUCAAAGGGCCUAAAACUCGAUCUGUACCCAACAUCGGUAAAAUCUAGCGCACGUUGUAUGCAAUUAUCGCGCUUCAGUUGCUACUUGUCUACUUCAUUUCCUUAAAUUCGAUAUUUCCACUAACGCACGACUCCAAAACGGGAGUUCUCUCCUCACUGGGGCUUAACCAAGUCUACAUGACCACCUCCAAUCUUAAAAGGCGGAGGCUGCCUUCUCGAAGUAACUGUACAUACUGUGAAUGCUAGACGCACAUUUAUUUGAACAAAACUCAUUUAAGAGUCAGUUGACAAGCAUAUGUUUUCAGUAAUUCAUCAUUAGGCCACCACAUUUACUUGGGUAAUGAUCAGUCUAAAAAGUUAAAACCGCUUCAAAGUUGCCUGUAUCCGCGAAGUUUGAAAGAUACCUUUGAGUUCCUUGAGUUUAUCAAGAACAUUAACGUGGACGGACAAACGAUGCUCUCGUUAGAUGUAUCAUCACUGUUCACCAACGGUACCCGUAGUGGAGACAAUAGACUUUCUGGGCGACUUCAUCAGGGAAACAAACUACCCGAUCGGCAUGACAGUGGAGACGCUAAAAGAACUACUUACGCGAUGCACACAGAAUGUCCAAUUCCUCUACAAUGGCCAGCUAUACAGAAAAAUAAACGAUGUGGCAAUAGGUUCACCCCUUGGACCGUUUCUCGCAAAUGUCUUCAUGGGCAAAGUCGAACAAACGAGUCUCAAAGAUACCAUUGAUGACCUUAAAUUCUACGGUCGAUACGUGGGAGAUAGCUUUUGCCUGACGAGUCAUACCACUGACAUAUAUGGCCUAGUUCAGAAGUUUAACGAGGCGCACCCAUCUCUGGUGUUUACCGCAGAGGCCGAGGCGAAUAACGCGAUCGCGUUCCUCGAUGUCCUCCUACACAGACAAGAAGAUGGAUCCGUCCAACGCAAGAUAUUCAGAAAGAAAACCUGGACGGGACAAUACAUUAAUUUUCACAGUUUUGUUCCCUUAAAUCUAAAACGAAAUUUAGUCGAGGGACUGGCUGCUAGAGUGCGACGCAGCUGCUCACCUGAAACUGUUGAAGCAGAACUCCAACGGUUACAAAACACGCUCCGCGAAAACGGCUAUCCAGAGCGAUUCAUUCUCCGGAAUAUUAGAGAGCGUGUCACAAAACCUGCCGUUGCAACUGCAGAGAAGAAAGACUUAUGUCUACGACUACCUUUUCUAGGAGACGCAGCGAGCGAAUUAGUGAGACGACGUCUUAGGACAGCUCUCGCGAGUGCCUUCCCCGUGGCGAAUUUGCGCGUAUUCUUCGCAAAUUCCCCCCUACUACGGUUGGGGGCAAAGACCGGCUGCCGCAUCCAUGCCACAUCCACGCGUAUUUAUUCAUUCACCUUCUCCUGUAGAACGGUAUAUAUUGGCCGUACAACCAGUCGUCUGGAAAAGAGGAUACGCAAACACAUGCCUGCCUGGCUAGGUGGAGGUGAACAUCGAUCGAUUUCGAGUUCAAUUCUCGCACAUCUAAUCGAUACGAACCACAAGGCGACGCUAAAGAAGCUUUUAAAGUUAUCUGCCGGGCACCGGCACACUACUCUAAAUGCCUGCGCAAACGGGUGCUAGCCACGGCCGAAGCAGUGGCCAUUCGACUGGCGAACCCAGCACUCUGUCGUCAGAAGACGCUGACACAGACAGUAUGUCUGGCCUGGCCGGCUCCAGACGGUGAUCGCACGCCGUCCCGAAGCACUGAGGGCAGUCACACCCACUCACAGCGCUUACAAUUUAACCGGAACCUUUCUACUUCCCCCCUCCCACCCCAACUCCUUCCCCCCCCUCCCUCCCACCCCAACUCCAACGUUCUCAACACGUUGACUCCGUCAUGCGGAUGGUGUGGGAACGUGGAGUCCGAUUAACCCUGCUCCCGAGACUCAUUUAUAUCCUGUCGACAAUUAGACUGAUCAUUACCCAUGUGAAUGUACUGGCCUAAUGAUGAAUUACCGAAAACAUAUGUUUGCCAGCUGACCCUUCAAUUGUAAUAUGGGAAUUUUCGCAAAACUCUCAUUGUUGGCGUCUGGUCAUUCGAGAAGGCUGAGAGUUUCGUCGGGACAAACAGCUGUCCAUAUGCGGAGUUGGACGUCACGCACAAAAGUCUCAAGAAGGUAUGGAAGAGACAACAGUCAAUCCAAGCGGGACGAUGGCAAACAGCCAGCGCCCACUGACGCAAACGCUGGACAUGUAUUGGUUUUAGGCAUUUGAACUUUCAAUUGUUUAAUACAAUUACUGUGCGUCUGACGUCGUCCUCUGCAAUCAGCGUCUAUAAUUUACGCACUUGGUUUGCUGCCUCCUCAGUGAAUUCAUUUAACAUCAGCAUUUAUGUACGUAUGCGCUAAUAGCUAGCAAAGCAGAAUUUGCCUUACAGUGUCAUACAAGGGUUUGUGUCUUUGCAUUUUGUUCACCGGCUCAGUCAUAUUCACUGAUUAUGUAUGUAACCGCGAUUUACCAUUCACAUCCUGGUUACUAAGGUGUUAUUUUCGUUUUUGCUCUAGAUGCCGGUUUGCAAGCAGCUGUUCUGUUUCGAUUUACGGCGGGGCGUGUGCUUGGCAGUGGAAGCACCUUGGGCAGAAGGUUCCAGCUGCGGCGACGAAAAGGUACUUUCAUCAGACUCUUUGACUUUUGGGAGCGUAAUGGAUUUAAAAGAAACCUUUUAUGUCUCCUUCCAUGUCCUUUCUCCCUGCAAUGUGUUUUCUUACUUGCAUAGAAAACGAGGUGUAAGGUACUCUCCUGCGCCUCUUCCUUGCGUAAAAAAUCUCCACAAAACUUUAAUUUUUUUCAUUUUUCAGUUAAGCUUUUUAAAUAUGCCUGAAGUAUGAGGAUCAGAUGAACGGACUGCCGGACCACGCGAAGCAGUAGACCCAUACUGUUAAAACGUUUGGAUUUCCUAUUAGCUCUAGGUGGAAGUUGAAUGUCAAAACUAAAGUCUAAUUUAGGCCGUAACUGCUAUCGACUUUACGCUAAAAAAGAUCGGUCCCGCUGCUUCGCAGAAUCACUGUAAUAGUCAGAAAAAUGGAUUUCCGACUUAUUCACACAGCUAACGGACUUAGUCGCUUAGUUAGCAGAACAUUCGAACAUGAAAUGACGAGGUCGGGAAACUGAAGCUAUUUACGUUGGACGUGACUCAUUUCCCCACAGAUCACUCUUAAUCAUCAUUUAAACAUUUCUGUUGUGUAAAAACGUCAUUUUUUUUCUACCCAGUGGUGUAUUUCAGGAAACUGCCAGUUAACUAGCGAGUUGACAGCGCCUGUCCAUGGUGGUUGGAGCAACUGGAGUGAAUGGGGUACCUGUUCUCGCAAAUGCGGUGGCGGUGUUCAAUAUUCAACUCGUGAAUGCACAUCUCCUGUGUAAGUUGCAAAUAUUUCCUGCAUGCACUUUCCCCUGCCUGUUAAAAUUUGUCUGUCAGAAAGGCGAACCUGAAACAUUGUGAUUGUAUUUGGUACACUAGCGUAUCGAAAGAGUACAACUGAGGAGGACGCAAUCGCCGAAGUAGAAAUCUCAGUUGCCUGGUCUUUUAGGUCCACGCUCAAACACAGCAGAGGCGAUGGACAAAGGCGGUUGGUGGACGGAAAAUGGGCUGAAACUGCUAGUGAUAAGGGUCACACUUAUGUUUCACUACUUUUAUGGUGUAUGCUCAGCAAAAUGUUGGAUUUCUGUUCGCUAGUCGAAUGAAUGAAUUUUGUGACCCCGCAUUUGAAUAUUCCCAAGGCUGCACGCGUUCAGUCACUUGAGUGAAAUUGGAAGAACGCCCCCGCCCCCUUUGCGGCCUGGUGUGGCCUAAAACUGGGCCUAAAUUCAAAAAAUCACCACUUGGUUUCAACAUAACGGUUUUCUUUAUUUGCGAAGUGUCCCAGCUUCCAAUUUUAAUAGUAGUUAUUUGCGAAUUACACACUUACGAAAUGAUAUGAUCGGAGUAGGGUUAUGUUUCAUGCGCAGCUACGCCAAUGUUAUUUUGGAGCUGACUUCUGACUUUAGUAUGUAUCCACGUACAAAGCAUCUUCAGGAAUUAAAAAUAGAUGACUUCUUUUGUUUCGAUUGCACUUUUUAUCUGAGGAAUUACUGGCGAGAGAGAAACAAUAUCAGUUCAAUUGUAAAACGGGAAUAUACUUUAUCUUUUCCGUUCAAACAAAUUCUGAACCAACUUCAUAAACCGGUCAAUUGUCAGUUACAUAGACCUUUGGAAUGCCGAACAGUUAUUUCGUUCAUUUUGUUUAAAUCCGUUUCGGGUUUAACAUUUGGGUUUGAAUACUCUUCCCCGCCUCCAGCCCUCGAUAUGGUGGAGACUAUUGCUUGGGAACAGACAUACAAGUCAGAUCCUGCAACCUCGAGGUACGUUUACCUAGGACUUUUAUGAGGCCAAAUAUUAUUCCGUAAGUUCGGAACACAUUACAUUUCUCAGAAGCAUUUCCCCAAUAACUACUUCUAUGUUCCCAAAUAUCGAAUUUUGCAAACCUCCCUCCCUCACGUCCUUCAUUCUCAGCUGAAUGAUUAGCCAUCUAAUCAUCGCUAUAGUUGUAAUACCAUUUAAAGAAGUAGAAAGUUUCGCGCGAAACCACUAAAAGAGUCAUCUUUUCGAGCGCGGUUUACAAGCAGCAUAUACUUAAACGUGGAAGUCAACUAGACUGCCAGACAAGUAAUUUCUGCUACAUUUAGCUCUGUCACUGCCGCUCAAUGACCAAAAUUGACUGUUCAGUCCGUGUCCAUAAGGUCACGAUGGGACUGUCCAAACAUCAGGCAAAUCCUCGUUUUUGGCCAACACAAAAAUUAGACAUGAAGGCCAAAAACCGUGUGACCAGUGGGGUUAUGCGAAAUAACCAAAAAUUGUGGGGGUUCGACUGUAUUUUGACCUCUCACUCCUCAGAAAACGUAUUUACUAGUCUUUCUACAUCAGUAAUCUAACCUGCCAAUAAAAGAAAAAACAAGCAACACAUGUCCCACUGAAGAAAAAUACGCCUCUUACUCCUUAAAGCAGGGUUAGUUUUUAUUACCUAUGGUGUUUUCUAUAUUUUUGACAUGCAGGCGUGCGCUACCUCAACGGAUACCCGGCAACAGCUCUGCAAUAAAGUCGGUGCCGAAGUUGGGCUAGAGCUGAGGGCUUACAAUCCUAAAUGUGAGCACAAAACCUCUUAGCUCCCUCUUAUGCUCUGUGGUGUCCGAGGGCAGAUAGCAGGAGACUUUUGAAUUUCGAAUUGCUUGGCAAAAGGAAAUGGUUGAAGCCAACAUAAUUCCUCGACCCAUUGCACACCAGCUUUAGGUUUUAAGGAAAUAAUUUAAUUUGAUGGGUUAUUCAUACAUUCUUCUUUCUUUCUUGAUCAUACCCUUUAUGAUUAAUCCUAACUGCUUCCUUGGUUUAUUGUUGGGAGGAAACAUGCUUGAUCAUCAGCCAGACCUACGUUCUGACCACUAUCAUUUAUGAAACUCCUCUUUUGAAUUUCUUCGGGAAGUUAGCUGGACAGGAGUUAACUAGGCAUUUUUGAAUUCGCCCUCAGUCGACCGUAGACCAAGGAUAUUGUGCGAGAAAAUUUGGAAUAUUUUAUGUUCUGCACAUGGACUUACAAAGGGGAUAUGUGCGCAGAUGUCAGCCUCUUAAUUUUCUCUUAAAAUGAUCAGACAAGGAAGACCGAACCUAUGUCUGACUUCGGUAGAAGUAAGUCUAGGUUUGCUUGGAAUCGUCCCCUCCUGUAGAAUAAAACGCACGAAGGAGUUGGUUAGAUCCAUUUUAAUUUGAAUAGAAAAAGUGCCUUUAUUAGAAACAUGUUUUAGCUGUGCUUCUUUACUCCUUAUUUAUUUGUAAACUACCGGAAGGUCUCCAUUUCUUAAUUGACCACCAAUUUCGUAUAGGCUCCACGCUUCCGAGGUGAACCGUGCUGAAAUGAUUACUCUAUUCCAGCUCAGUUUCGAUGUUUACCAAAUGACAUCUUUAAUGAGAUAAUUUACUGGAUAAGUGCUUACAUGCGCGCGGCACAAUUACGAUCACUAGUACACCUGACGAAGUUAAUUCAUUUUGAAUUCGAGCUACGGCAAUGCCAGUCAGCUUGAUCACAACUGAGGUGUAGUCCACUAUCCGGUAACUUAGGCAAAAGACUUAAUGUGGGUAAAUCUUGUCGUAUUAUGAAAUAUUCUGCUUAUCUUAAGGUGUAUUGGGCGUGUGCUGCUUUUCGCCAUGUCGGAAUGAUCUCAAUCACAAUGGUCUAGCAUGCUCCUGCAUCUCCGUCUUUUCAUAAUAUGGACGUGGCUUGCAUAUUGUUCCUUUACUUUUCUUUGUGGCCUUUGCGCUUGUAAGUUUUCUAUCAGGACAUACCGUAACCUACUGUUUUACCCAAAAUCAGUUGGAGAAUCUUCAGCUUGCAAGCUCGUCUGUCUAAAUGGAUCCAAGGCAUUACAGCACAAAAUGAACCUUCCGGAUGGUACUCCCUGUUUUCCGCCAAGAAAUGAUAUUUGCAUUCAAGGAAAGUGCUGGGUAUGUAUCAAGCAUUAAUAUUACUAUUGAAAAAAACCAACUUUGACAAUGACUUUAGCUCAAGUUUAAAAAGACGCCGAUUCCAGACUAGGUCACUGAUGCCUGAAAAUAUAGCUACAAGCACAUUCAAAAAUGAAUAAACUUAAAACAUGUCUCUAAUCGAAUCUGUUUACUGUCAUGGCUGUUAUUCGUUCAGUGUGAUUUAGAAGAAUUACCCCGAAAAUAUUUGUAGAAUGUUUGUUUAAACUGUGCAUUACUGUUGUAAAACGACGAAGCUAUUCUCUAUAAGAAUAAUUCAGGAGACAGUGCACGAGAUGGAAAAUAAAUUCGAAAGGCUCCAGUUAUGUUUGGCGCGGGUUGUAAAUGCGGAGGAACCAAAUGUUUCCUAUAAACACGUGUUUUUUCACUGGACAGCAAGUAUCUGAAUGGGAUUGUACACCUGAUGAACCACGGUUAAUGUGUUUAUACGCUGUAAAACGCUGGAGCUAAUACCAUCUCCAGUAGACUUGUCUCGAACUUGUUCCGAAUCCACGAAGGAGAGAGAAGUGACGCCAGUCUAGCACGCACCUACCGUCUAGUGUAUUUACCCCAAACAAUCAAACGUCCUAUUUACCCACCCCCCCCAACCUAUCAGGUAAAUGUCUUAGACAGAUGGUUACCGACUGACUAAAAACCUCGAUACUGUUCAAAAUUGGAGGCCGGUCCACAAUGCCCCCCCUUCUUACUACCGACAUUAUGUUGUGCUUGUUCCUGUGGGGUCACAUACGCAUAUAUAUAUAUAUAUAUAUAUAUAUAUAUCUGGCAGAAGUUUACACAAGGAGUAUAACGGCAAUCUUUAAAGCAACUAUACCGCAAAAAUCAGUAGAUAUAAGCUAAUUAUAAAGUACCGGUAUUCUGCGGACCAUUGCCACUAGUAGCCAACGUUCAUUUGCAGGCACCCGCUGUCGAAUCACGUCAGGGUCUCGGAUCAGCCUUGCUGGGCACCGUCAAAUUCACCGCAAUGUCACCGCGACCAAACCACCAAAACUUAUCGCCAUCGUCUAGGAAGUCAUAUCAUUGCUACAAGGCGUUCCAAAAAUGGGUCGCCAGGGUCCGGCAUUUUUGUGAACGUUUCCGGGACACAUAGAACAACCGUCAGCAGUUAUGGCUCAUUGCCAAUUUUUUCUCAUUGGGACCACACUCUCCGCUAAUUAAUCGGCCUGAUCGAACACCUGCGAGUCUAUCGCAAAACGAUCAAUGAACGACUUUUUGCUGUACUCCUUUCAGAAGCGAUUCAUGAAACCGCCCAGCUUGCGGACAGGGAGGAGUGCACAAGAGUAUGCGCCUGCCUAUAUCAAACAUUAGAUGCAGGCUUUAUGGGAUGUCGACCAUUGCGUCCAGUCUCAUCUCCAGCAGUGUUUACGGUGCUUGUAGCUGAUAAGUGGCAGAGAGGGAGGAAGUAAAGCUUAAUUUUUUUAUUGCAGCUCAUCUAUGCAUUUUGAACCAUUAUAACACAUUAAAUGUCCUAACAUGGAAGGUUGCAACUUUCUAGCAUAAGCCGACUGCUCUACGAAAUGAACUUGGGACUUUAAUAGGACUUUAUGAUAAGCCCCACAGAAAAAGAGGUCCUAAACCCAUUUCUAAAGUGUGGCUCCUACAUAACUUUGUCAACCACUACAACCAUACCAAACCUGCGUCGUCUUGACUUUAUAAUGCAACUGCACCAGCAAGCUGUGAGGAGGGUGAGGAAGAUAGAACACAAGUCCUUAUACUUUAUCUUAGUCGAAACACGGGCCGUCGCUAAACCCUCGAAACAGUGAUGAUUCAAGUGUCAAAGUGUCUGUUGCGCUGACAUCACUCAUUCACUCUCUUCGGCACUCCAACUGCCCCAGUACAAUCAAACAAGGCGACAUAUCUACAAUUAAAAAUCACGACCCAAGACUAACCCUGUUUUUUUUGUUUUCAGAAGACCGGUUGCGAUCGAGUUUUGGGGUCACGAAUGCAAACGGACAACUGCAAUGUUUGCGGAGGCGACAACAGCACCUGCGAGGAAGUUACUGGUGUAUUUCGAGGUUCGCAGGUUUUACCACGUGGAACAAAACCAGUUGGUAAGUGCAGUCGGCCGUUGGCCGACGAAAUUGACCCUUUGCGGUCCUAGACCCCUACAAUUUGAUCAUCGUUCUCUUCCAUUUGUCUCGUCAUUUAAAGAAUUUUUCAAAACGCAGGCAGAAAGGAUUAACGAAAACCGCGCAGGACUGACUCUUCGUCUGUCAAAAAUGUGCAGCAGUAUUGUCUAUGUAAACAAAAAUGCGACUUUCAGGACGCCAUUCAUGCUGUAGAUUCUGUUUCGUCGAAAAGAUAAGUUUAUUGCAACAAGCUCAGCGAAGGGUUGUACAGAAGGCAUGCUAUCUCAAGAAAUGUUGGCUGAAAUUCUGGAAUGUGUUAUUAUUUCGGGUUCUGCUCUAUCAUAGUUAGACCGUUAAGUCAUGUGACUUUACAUCCAUCGUGGCCUAGUCGUCAUUAAAGUGCACUUCGCUUAGUUAAAAUGCUUGGGAUUCUGAUCCUUAUGCGUUAUUCCAAAUAUUAUUAGGUCUCUGAUCUUCUUUUGGCUUCGGAUCAAAGAAUGUAAGCCAUUUUCCUGUCAGCCGCCAGCGGUCAUGGGCUACACUUUUAUGCUAUGCAUUUCGGCCGGAAAGCCUUAAUGUCGACCUGUCAGCAAGGGCUCUUCCCCCUGCUUACCGCCCCUCUCCCCCGGAUUAUUUGGCUUGGAAAUUAGUCCUCAUGACGUGACGUAGCUUGUAAAGCAAUCUUAGUAUAUCAUCCUGAGACUUACAGCGUGGACUGAAGGGGUUGUUCAGACAAAUGUUUGAUAAUAAAUUCAGUUUUCUGCAAGUCAAGAUGCUUUUUCACUUUUCAAGGUCUCGUCACUGCGGUGCACAUCCCACGCGGGGUGACAAACGUCUACAUCCGAAAGGUCUCUAAACGCACAAAACCAUUUUCAGUAGACGCGUACGACGACUACAUGUUGCGUAAGUCAGUCUUUGCGGCUUUACGCAUUCAUUAAGAUUCACGGAGGGGGGUGGCUGUUGUUCUUUUUACGCCUCUUGUCUCCGUUAGCCAUCCUACUAGCCCUAAUUUCAUUAUCUACUGACUUGUACUUCCAUGCGAUCAUCACUAAUUCCCGAUUGACGGUGCCAGUACAUUCCGAAAGAUUGAAUAUCUACGUAAACUGAAACUGUCAGUCCACGAAAUGCCAGAAAGGUUCGCCUCUCGUGAUUUUAUCUAAACAGGCAGUUGAAAAGGUGGCGACGUGCUCUAGGCUGAUCACAAAAAUACGGCGUUUUUUUUCAAGCGCCUUCCAUAUAGCGGAAAAUACUAAUAACAAAGGACCCUUAAAAGAUCGAAGAAAGUUGCUUUCGUCAGUCAAAUCACCCACUUAUACGUCACUGUAAUGCCCAAUGUACCAUCAAAUCAAGUGCCAAAAUUUAAAAGUAACUGUUUGGAUAUGUUUCUGCAAAGAAUUGAAAGCUAACAAGCAGAUCGUGGUGACAGGCUACACUGCCGAUGUUAGUUUUAUGUAGCGAAUUGAGCCACUCUAGCCUUUACAGGAUUACAUGGGAAUAAAAUUUGGCUCUGAUCAUCAAGCCACUCAGUUUAUGCUUUUGGUGGUUGUAAGCUUUCCUGUGGGCCAAAGUAACGUAAACGAAAGGAAGUUUACCUCAAAGUAGCAUUUGGAACUUUCGACUCUUGGAUCGAAUGGUAAGUGAGUAAACUCUUUCCGUUAGUCACAACUUGAAGGAAAGAUGAAUAUGUAAGAACGAUUAGAAGGCCAUCCAAUUUCUCUCUUAAUUUAUAUUAUCGCCGCUGCAUCCUAAAUUUUUAUUAAGCUGGCCUGCCUAAAGAUAAGAAUAACUGUUUCAUAACAUCGUAUUGGGGGUUUCAGUCCCAUUAUCGUAAGUGCUUACUUUUCUUUUGCGGUAGUUAGCAGUAGAUCAGUCACCCAGUUGCUGUUUCUGAUUUAUAUAUAUUUAUAUAUAUAGGCAGUAUGUCAUUACCGACAAAGAAAAGGGAGACUGGAAUGGCCAUUUCUGGCUUGUUAGCCGUCGUCAGCCAGUCAUACCCAACCCCGAAGUGUGUUACACCAGAGGUUUGAACUCGCGACCUGUUAGUUAGAAGUCCACGGCUCGGAACAAGGGUGGUCUGUAAGAACGAUCGCCUGAGCGCCCCCUGCCAUUGUAUAUUCCCGAUCGAAACCGACAGGGCAACGGGUUAUUGGUCCAGUGGUUAGAGGCGUGAACUUCUAACUAACAGGUCGUGAGUCCUAGCCUCGGGUGUUCCACACAUCGGAAUUGGGUAUGACGGGCGGACGACGGCUAAUAAGCCAGAAAUGGCCAUUUCGGGUCUCCCUUGUCUCUGUCGGUAAUAGUAUUCUGCCCAUAUCAUGCGCCGCUGUGUAGCUGCUGGUUGGACUCGAGAGAGAGCCCGUAAGGCUCAACGGAACGUGUGAGUUCCGUAAGAACGAUCGGUGAGCGUCCCCUACCAUAUCUAUAUAUGUAUGAAGAAAUUAUCGGAAAGGGCAAUGAAGACUGGAGUGGUCGUUUCCGGCUUAUUAGGGGGUCCUUAGCAAACCGUAUCUAACCCUAAAUUUGGGCGUAUAUGCAUGCACCCGCACUGGAAGACAAAAUGUGAUCAUUUAGUUGACUCUAUUGGAAAGUGACGUGGGCACGCCCACCACACUUAAUACCAAUCGUCCAGGCAGGUGCCUAUAGACCACCGCAUAAUAAGUUGAUAUUUAAUUUCCGUCGCAUCAGUAAACUUGUAGUUCACGUGGGUGGGCUGGAAGCCCCCAUUUUUGUUUAUGUUGUUUUUGACCUAUUGCUUUGAAAUACGUUAAAGGUGUUCUAUAAAAGGGCUGCUUAAUUAUCCCUAUCGGGAAAUAUUUAACAAAAUUCGGAUGGCAAUAGGGAAACGCGUAAUUUCAAAUUUUAAGACUACUUUAGACAAAUAUCCUUGGAUAUUAUGACUUCACGUAAAUCAGUUUAAGUACGCCAAAAUAAUAUACACAUAGGUAUUGGUCAUUACAGUACUGAGGUAAUGUGGCGGCAUAUUGUAGGCGAGAAUGAGAUUGAUUACAACGUGCGAAAAGGAAUAUUCUUCUGUUGCAUGUCGGAAUUUACUGAGACAUUGGGCUCCACCGUGCCGCUCCUGUUCCAUUGAAAAGAGGCGAGAGGCCUGGAAUAAUUUGAUGUUAAAUGUUCACUUCUCCGGAGCGCCUGCAAGGGUGUCAGUCGUGGGUGAUGUCAAAAAUAUUCGCGGCCUACCUAUUCUCUAUUAUUAUCUAGCCGAUUGUUUUUUGAUCCAGCCCGUCGUGUCCUCUGCAUAUUUUGAAGACUGAGUAGAUCCCGAUUAAUCAGAUAGAGAAUACAAAUGUGACUUCUCAGCACCGAACCGCUUCGUUGAGCUCUCCACGUUAAUGUCUUUGGUAGAACUUAAACUACGCCUUGGCGGAUCUCCCUCCAUUUGGCCGACUUAAUUCUGAGACCCAGCGAACCGACCUUGUCUAGCCGAGUUUCUAACAACUGUCUGUCCCUUGAUUCUCCUGGGGUAAAAAUGGAUGACUACUGCUCCUCUCCUGCCAUGAAGUACGAUGAUAAUUUUGUCACUGUAAUGUUACCGCUCAAAGUAGGGAACUGUUGAUAGUACUGCGAAGGAGAAUGAGGCAGCAUUUCUUGCUUAUUUUUCGUCAUCUGGUAAGCAUGUUCAAACUGCAGAUGGCAUCAGCGGCUUGAUCCCAGAUUACUUAUUCAUCGUAUAUUGUAAUUAAUGCGUUAUGCUACUUUGUCAACAGAUCACGUCUUGACAACUCCAGGCGAAACAAUUCAGUAUCUAAUAAGAGCGCAUUCCGCAGGCCCAGUCAAAUUAACGAAUGUAAAUCAGUUUUCUAUUUUUCGCCUGGAGCUACUGUUCUGGCGUCGUUGUAGUCAGUUGCAUGGAAUCAUGCAAUGGUGACUACUGUGUAAUUAGUCAUUAGUGGGAUGUUUACUAGAGAAUGCUCGACAGUUAAAUGAGUCAAGUUCAUGUCUCUCGUGCUGAUUUACAGCUGGUAUUUGAUUGCCUGAUGGUGGUAGAUAAGUCAGAGUUUACCACCCCGGUCCCCCCUCCCAUGUCCUUCCGCGUAGCACAUCGAUUGCAAACUGCUUGCAACUAUGCGGCUGCGUAUAGGACUUCCGUGAGCAAGACUUAAUGACGAAACGGAAAUCUCUAUUCUUCUCCUACAAGAGGCUACAUCGGUGAACGUCCCCUGGCAUAGGGCUAUAUGCAAAAUCAGUGAGUUAAAAACCUCGCUUAUCUGAAACUACAUUAUGUAAGUAUCCGCACUAUGAGCUUGGAGUUUGAUUCCCCCCCCCCCCGUAGUUAAGAUAACUCAAUCGAUUUUGUCAAACCACAUAAGCAUUAGGUCAAUACCAUGGACCAAAGGGGGAACCUUGUCGAACACAUGGAAGAAGUUCAAAAAGCCGCCAAGGGAGUUCUUGCAAUCAAGAUCUGUCAGAAUCCGCAUAUACUAAAGUCCUAAAUUCGUGUUUAACUAAGAAGCUUUUAUUAAAGACCAUCUGGCUUUUGAUCUAACUGCUGACAUAAUAAAAGUCACAUUCGACCCUCAUUACUUUAGGUGUUCCCCAGCAAGUGUGAUCUCUUUGCAUGUAACCCGUAAUAGUGGUUCCACGUGGCACUGAAUUAAAUAAGGCACAGGAACGCAGCCACGGUGUUUAUCUGGGUUCCGGAUAAUAGGUGAAGUGACAGUAGAUGUUGAUUGUAAGAAAAAUGCUUUGACAUCGGUGUUAUUUUAUCCUCUACCGUGAAGGACACGAGAUGAGAUAAACCAGAGUAAAACGUAUUCACAAUAUAUGGAUGUCACUUAUGGUCAAGCUCGAAGCUCAGUUUGGAAAGACCAUGUCGCUGCACUAAGCACACAGAAAUCUCCUGAUAAGAAUGAAGCAGCAAAUUUGUUUACAGAAAUUUCGCUUUGGGCUAGGUCAGUUGUUGCACUUCUUUCUUCCUGUCCUUCUGUAGGCAAGUUGCUGUUUCGCAAACAUCAUGCGUCUUUCCAUCCCCUUGUAGUUGGUCACUCACGUUACAGAUCCAAAGGUCAGAGUCUCGGUGCAAGACGCGUUUUAUUCGCCAGAAAAAUCUUUUUUUCUAGACGAUGUAAUCGCACUGUCCCAGUGUAGCAUUUCCGAUCUUUUGAAGAAAGACGGAGACUCCAUCCGGUGUCCGAUACGCUCAGGGACAAAGAGCAGUUUCUGACAAGAGGAAGGGAUGGAGAUCGGUCAUAUAAUACACGAAAGCGUUUAACUUCCUUGUGCCGACUCUUGGCAUCCGUGGUGCCUUCGACAGAGUAGUCGUAAACGGAUCCACCACUAGCUUCAUAAAGAACCAGGCAGGACAGCAGUGUUAUCGGCUUCUGAGGGCUCCUCCAUGGAAGGUGUCUUCCUGUGGAUAUGUUCCCUACGGUGUUCUUUAGUUGAUCUGACCGUAAUUUAACGGGAUUGGAAACACGGAAGAUCAUUACAGGAUGCAACCGAGAAGUUUAUUACGAUGCUCUUAAACGGCUCAAUAAUUCCUGUGCUGCAGAUUAAAGCCAGGAAUUCCUUUAACCACCUUGCUAGAUGCUGGUUACAUUGAUAUUUAUUCGCUGUGGUUGAUUUUUCAGUUCUGCCAACACAGCAGACUUAAUUUCUCGAUUCCAAGGAUUCGUCCAAAUUUGGGACAUUACAACUUGUGUACGCGAAAUAUAUGGCAGGAAAUAUUUAAGGUGCGGCUUAAAGUACGGCUGCCUUGGCUGUGCUCUCAAAAACAAAUUGUUUCAAAGGCCUCGGCGGUUUCUUCGCCAAGGAUCACCCUAAACGUUGAUGCGGUUUAGUACCUUGAGCUUUUUAUUUGCCUUUUUAAACCAACAUAGAUAGAACAUGGUUGUACCGGUUGCAAAUUGCUUUUCCGUUCGGGUGAUUUUUUCAUAAAGGGAAACUGACUGUACAAAAUGGCAAGCUCAAACAGCUAAUUGUUGGUCACUGCCGAUCGCCAGUGAGCUAGGCGCUUUUAUCUACGAAACACUAACUCCCCCUAUCUAGAACUCGAAUGCCCUGUCCCGCGACUUGCGUUUACUGCAUAAUGCCGGUUGAAUAUUGUGGUUUGGCCUUGCAUCAUGCACAUGCGCAUACCCGGUACAUGAUGUAUGCGCGCAGUCGCCGGACUAGCGGACGUAGUUUCAUACGACAGUAAUCAGUCUUUAAGAGCCGCGCAGAUAUAUUUUUAACGAUUAUAUAAAUUAGAGCUGACAGUUUGCAAGGGCAAUUGUCGAGGUAAAAAGGAAGUCACGAAACUACUAAAACUGAGGGCCUGAUAGUAGCCUGGUAUUUUGGCCUUUUCAACUUAAUUCACACCAUGAAUGUGGACAUUGUUUUGCAUCCAGCAAGGUGUUACUUUCUCACAAAUCCAAUGUGAAAGAUGACAGCAGGACAAUUUUUAAUUUAUUAAUAAAUAUUUUUCCCGACCGGAAGUAGGCAAGAUCAAAAAUUAAACUCCUCCGGUAAGUACAGCAACUCAUUUUCAGGUGAAAUGCCGCUUCAGGUUCCCACUAACCGUAGAAAGAGCUGAAACCUACCGAUUCCUGUGUUCCACAACAGAAGGGUUAUUCAACAAGCAAAAGAAAAAGCGGAAGCCCCACGACAUUCCUAACUCAAAAUGAAGCCGUAGGGAUCUUUUGUCACUUUUUUGCCAUAAAGUCGGAUUUCGCACAUAAAACAGUAUGCAAAGGAUGUAACAUUUCAUAUAGCCGGUCGCGCGACUGCUGCUGAGAUUUGAGUUUCCGGAAAAAUCACCCGCUAGUUUACAAGCAUCGUGGUCUGUAAAAAACUACGAAUUGGUGUUCACACGCGGAAACUAGAAGGACGACAGGGUAGUCAAACAAUUAUGCUUCCGAAAUAUUUUUGCCUCAAAAGUGGAUCCAAAUCACAUACUGAAGACAGGCGUCAAAGAAAAUGCGACUAUAGAUAUUUGACUGAAUAGAGGACGACGCUAGAGACCAAAAUCUGACAACAUUGCUAAAAGAGACUGCUCUUGCCUUGAAGUCAAAGAAGAUUGUGCCAAAAGGCGGAGUGCCGCAUGUCUUUUCUCAAAUUUGUUGAAUACAAGACAACAAAGAAUUCACUAGCAUUAUGCUUAGGCGACUGUAAACGCGCAGAAUCUAUCAAGUCAGGAUAGUGCUGAUGGUGGUGGUGCACUGUCUCUUUUAACCAAGCACCACGGUACCACGAACCUGAUUGGCUUUACAAGACGUUGACUCGUGCCAAAUGACCCACCACACGAUCAGAAUGAAGCUCAGGGCUUGACAGACAGAUAGGGCACUAAUCAGUACUUCUCCGGCCCUCCCACCGGCUUAUUAAAUGCUAGGGGUGCGCAGGCACAUUAAGACAAAACCCUUAUACAGGUGCCGUGGAGACAAUUAUUCCGUAAAAGUGCCGGGGGGUGCAAGCACCUGUUAUGACCGGCAUCGCUGACCAGAGAAGAGACUCAGGAAAAUUUAUACCUGCAAACACAAAAAUUGUCUACCUUCCACCUGUGCCCAUUUAUUUCGAAGGGCCGUGCACACGACGAGAUCUUAGGCUUUGACAUAACACUCUGCCGCUUCCGAAACUGAACCUAGACAAAAAAUAAUGAUGAAUUUAUUAUGACCACUCUCGGCAAUAACAUCCUAAAGUGCUUUUUAUGGGCUGCUAAAUGUACAUGUAUGAAUGAAUGCUACUCGCGCCGGGAACAUCAGGCCGAUAAACUUGCGUUCUUAGGGGCAGUACCUUUGUUUAAACUAUGGAAUAAGCAACGAAAUUCAUGAAACACUGGGAUUCUAAAGUGUGUUUUCGAUUACAAACGGUCACUUAAAUGAAUUAGCGAGACUGACCAAUAUGCAACAUCAAACUGAGAUAUUUAAUACACACCAGAAUGCUGGCUUUUGGAUGACAGUUCCUACAGCUAUCUGCAAUCAAGACAGCUACUGAUAAAUGACUGAAUGAUACGUACACGUUUUCCCACUGACCCAGCCCCCCUUUUAGAGUUAAUCAUUUUUUGGUGGCAUAUGAAUAUAUGCACUCCCCGUCACAGCAAUUUGACGCAAGGCCACUUCUAAUACGGGGAUGAUCAUAAAGAGGGGUUUCGCAAAUAGAACCUUGAAAGCCUUCACGAGGGUUGUCUGGCAAUCCUGUCACCGGAUCAGUUACCUGGUCGUUUUCCAGGGAUUGGCGUGCAGCUUGUUCUUUAUAGGGUUACGUGUUUGCCUAUUAUGGUCCUCUUAUAUUGUGUGCCGUUGAAUUCGGAGUUAUUUAAUACACUGAAACAAGCAUGUGACGUAAACAUUGCUAUUUGCCUUGUUACAUGAUUUCGACCGCAUCGUCCGUUUCUUUAAAUGACCCCACGCGUAAAAAUCCCUUUGCCACCGUUUUCGAUUUAGUGGUCACCUUCGCCAAAGUGCCGGCCUAUAUAUAUUCGUAUCCGACCUGAUUUUGUUGAAAGGAUUAGUAUAAACUUAUCCUUUAAUGAAGACGUAGGAAAGAAACCGCAAAUAUGAUAAAUUUGAAGACAUAACACCGGCAUAUUUACGAAUUAAGCUUUCGAGAUAUCCGAGGGGAGCAGUAUUUAUUGCCAAUUUAUACGAGGGUUUGAUCAUUUGUUCCCAGUGGCACGGUAGGAUACAUGAUGUCGCUUAUCAAAAAGUACCCUACAUGUUCUUUUUAAGCCUAAUACGCAAGUGCAAUGGCAAAUUAUGUUUAAACUAAUACAUGGACGGCCAAAUAUUUUAAAAACCAACCGACACACUUUCUUCAAAUAAAAAACUUGAUCAGAAAUUACUUUAUUGCGAAAUGAGUUCAAAAAUGCAUUUUUAUAUGAUUUCUUAUACGAGUACUAUAAAUCAAGGAGAAAAAUAUGCAUCUAUCAAAACCUGUUUUUUGUUGAUUGCUAUUUUUACAGGUGACCAGAAAAACGCUAAACCAAAAAUCAACAUCCUGUUUUGUAUCAAACACCUUGGAAUUAUGUUGCUUGUUUAUCCAUACUACAGUCAGAAUUUAGCAAACCAUCCUCAUUGGGAAUUCGUUUUAUAUCUUCAAACAAAGUCCUAUCAGUCUUGCUGACUCGCACACAAGCACACUUGUUAGGCUCGAAAUCAGACUGCCUGUAUUCUCAAUCAGCGUAUUACGCUUUAGAAUACACACAGCAGUGGUUGACGUUGGUUCAUAGAGCAUGUCCAUACUGGCGGAGUGACUGGAGUAUGUACUUUUGAUCAGUUGGUCUUCCUUUGUCGUGCUUUAAAAACAUACCGUGAAUGUUUAGUAUGUGGUAGCAAUUCCGUCCUUUGGAGUAGAUACGUCUGGUCUGUUGAACUUCUUUUUUCUACGCCCUAAAAAAUCUUGAAUGUCUGGUAUGUGGUCGCGGCCACGUCACCUGGGGUAUUUCUGAUCUGUUGGCCUUCUCUCGUAAUGCACUAAAAACAUAUCGUGAAUGUCUGGUAUGUGGUCGCGAUUCCGUAACCUGUGCGCAAAUCGAAGUGGAGAGCGCCAGUUACGGAACUACUGUUCCAGGUUCUGUCGUCUGUGGUCGAAAAAAAAUCGCGCCACGCAGGAACUGACGCAGGCCGGCCUGGCCUGAUUCCAGUACGGAGACAUGACUCUCUGCCUCUCUCCGCAACAUGUCAAGCACCCGCACUGUUAAUUCUUUAUCUACUAUUCACCCUGUUUUGCCAGCAUCAAGUUACGCUAGGAUUGGUGUGUUUGAUGCUGCCUUGGAAAAUAUUAUUGUUGCUUUACCCAAAAAACUAACGACAGUCAUGUUAUAUGACAAAAGUCAUUCUAGAAGAACUGAAGACGCGCAUUCGCCGCGGAGAAACACAUGAGGAAUUUGCCGGAGGUGAACUCUACUACAGCGGAAGUCGCGAAAAGGAGGAAAUCGUCAAAAUUACAGGUCAAUUGCUGAAGGAUGUAAACAUUUUGGUAAGCGUCACGUGAUUUCAUUUCCUCCUUGAUUAACAGCCAAAACUGAUUUGACUAAACAAUAGUCUGUCUUAAGACAAUAUCAAGUGCAUCAGGAAUGUGAAAGCAAACAGCAACGACCGCAAGCCAGAGGGUCAACGCUCAUAUCGAUAAAAUGUCACCCUGUCUGCAAUUGAAAAAUAAAAAAUGGGAGUAACGUUGAGGUUCUCUGCUUUUUAGUGAUCCCCACACAUAAGUAUGACAGUAGGUGUUUGGCGAAAGUGGUAACAUCCAUUGCUGUCUGUCGAUAUUUCAGUGAAUGAAGCUACUGAACACAAAAAUGAACGUAUUUUGUACGGCCUAUUUCACUCAGAAAACGGACAGACAUUGCGGUAGUGACAACUACUGGUCUGGGAUUCGUCACACUCACCUGUGACCAACACACUCUAGAUGACAGCAUUUUAACGUUUACUUUGCAGCUCAAAUUCUGCACUUAUUUUUUUCCUACAUUAGUGCUCUUUUUAUCCAGAUUUUCAGACCGCCUUCAGAUCCAAACUUUCCAGACAGUUGUGAAAUGAAACUCUUUAACCGUCUAAACUGUCAUUAUUUUAUAGCGGUAUAAUAUGGUCCUGAAGUGAGACAGUCGAAGAAUGUCAGCUAACAUUAAUUUUCUUGGAUAACAUCCUUAAAGCUGUCUUUGUGAAUGCAAGCAACAGUCUCACUCAAAGUAUUUACGUCACAGCACGACAUCUUCAAGCUUAUACCACUUAAAUAGCUUUUAACUAGGAACCCUGUUCCUUCCUGUGACGACUCCGACAAGUAACUUUUUAUGCGUGAGUAUCUUAAUAUAAUCACCCAUUUCCCGUUUCACAGAUCAGCGUAGAGAACAAGGACACCAGCUUACCCCUGCCUGAGGUUGAGUAUAGAUAUUAUGUAAGUAAAACGGACGCCGGAGAUCACUUGCGGUUUGAACCGGCCGUGUUGGCUGCCCUCCGCGACCGACCAGGCGACGCGCUUGCCCGGUACCAACGAUCGUCGCGCAGGCAACAGUCGAUAGAAAAAGCGCAACAUGACCCCGCACAGCCCAGGCCAGCCGAAAGUGGUGCCGCUGAGGCAGUAGGAGGGGGAUACAAUGUCAGCCGGAAUCUGAGAGUCGCUGUUACCACCAUAGCGCCCACCACACCUACAGCUGCGCAGAAAUCGGCAAAUCGCUUCGUCUGGAGGAUGGACGACGUCCCUGGGCGCUGUACGAGUUGUGUGGGUAAGUUGCCGACCAAAGGGCAAAAGGGGACGAAAUUUUCAGUAAAACUAAAGUGUUCCAAAUAGAUAACGGAGUCAAAAGUUGGGAUAACCAUUUAUUUUCGCAUCAUAGGUCAAUUAACAAGUCUCAAAGAUCUUCUAAGAAAGGUAGUAUUAUCUGGUUUAGCAUUUAUGUCUUCAGUUUUAAGUGAAUCUAUCCAUAUAUAGUGCAACUACGCAGGGGACCCACUAGAAAACCAGAGCAGACAUCAAAAUGACACAUUAACUGGUUAUGCCGCAGCUGCCUAUGCAUACAACGAACUCGAGUUAAGAUGGGCAUAGAUUUUAAUUCGAGUCAGUUGAUGAGGAAUGAUCCGAUUCCGACAUUUUAACAAAGGGCUAUAGGCAAACUGCGUGCAUAGCGCGACCUCCCAAGCCGACCUGCUUGGUUUUUUAGAGAAUAUUCUGUCGCAAAUCUCCAUAGACUUAGGUUAAUCACUGAAAUAUGGACACUCGUACUACAGGUUACCUUGGUUUAGAUACUUGGAGAGUUUGGGUUAAGUUUGUGCGCGCUAGUGCUUAGGUUAUGGUUAGGCCUAGGGGAAUAAGGGUUAGGGUAAGUUUUGGGGUAAAAGCUAGAACACGAUAUUACGAGCUUCCUGGAAUUUAGCACGAGGACACCUGUAAUUCUAGGAAGUCCAUAUUCCCGUAUCCGACCAAAACUAAGAGCAAAAACUAAAAAUCGGACUGUUGGACUAACAUUGGGUUAACUGCUUUGAAGUAUAAGUUUUUCCCAGUCUUCUACAUGUGAAAUUAAUCGUUAACACGCGUAAAAAAUUGCAAGGAAUAUACCCAACAGCCUAACAUGUGUCACUUCCAGGGACUCCCCAUGUACCUGAACUCUCAAUAGCCAGUCCACGGUGGAUCCAGCUAAGAGCAACUAAAUAUUAUUCCUAGUCGUACUGGUUUAACAUAUAAUCAACGGGGGCUUGGAGACGCUGGUAUACAGGAGUGUCCCUAAAACGCCUAAAGUCCUGGGCUACCACAGUGAUCGCACGUUUUACCCCCAACUUAGCCCAUUAGGAACGCUCUACAAAAGAGUGGAUACUCGCUGCAACGCGAUAGGUGACAAAGUAGUCGGACUUCCUUCUCUUUGGUAGAUUUUGAUUUCCAACAGGUGGCCCAGCAGCUUUGUAAAAUUUACCAGGCGAUCCAGACGAAUAAUAGGGCUAACUUCAGAACAGCCUGUGGUCUGGUGGGCGCUACCGUAUACGGCCAACGUAUUUAAAACAACUGACUGCCUUUUGCAACCUCUAGGAAUCCGCGUGAUUCACAGACUCGAGGCAGCAAUAAGGCGUCUGGUCAUGAAACCCGACGUUCCUCUGUGA